AAAAUUUUUUCCUCUUCCCCUUAAUUUAUUUAACACCAACCAGGCAAGAACAUUAGUGUUCUCGCGUGGCUCUGACGUCAUGUGACAGCUGCACAUCAGCGUCCUAAAUUGACAGCACAGUUUAUAUGGCUGCAAAUCGCAGCUUAGGCAGGAAACGCUGCGGGACUCUGACGUGCAGCCGGGUGAUUACUCAACCAAACGUUGCAAGAAUCACGGCCAGGUGCGUUGCAGAUCCCUCGCGCAAGGAGUGGCUGGAGGGAUCUUGACAAUAGCAAGGAUUGUCUGGUUUCACUGACCAGACUGGCGAGCUAAAAUAAGCAGGAUCCAGAAACACAAGACUUAUCUGGGAACAUUCUUCCGAACUAAUUGGAGGAUCAGCUCAAGUCCCCAUUGAAGGAAGUGGAUUAUUUUGGGUUUUUUCAUCAUCAACAAAGACUGGUGGACGUCCUUGGUAUAAGGAACUUUAACUUGUUUUUUCCUUUAAACUAUGGACUAAUGUGUAUAUAUAUUGUAAAUACUAAAUACAACUCACCAAUUUGCACCAUCUUACUGUCUCUGUGCUUUACAAAUUGCCAUCUCCUCCAGUAGCCGAACCUAGCUAGACUUUAAGAACUGUUUGGAUAAAUUUUAAUUCUGAUUAUUUAAAAUCUUGUUAAUCCUUGAACGCAAUGUGGGUUACAUUACUUGGCGAGCUAGCCAGGAGGUUGUUGGCAUUUUGUUAAACACAAAUUUAUUUUUUCCUCCUGUCAUCAUCAAUAUGGAUGAAUUUCAAAACCUUGAUGUAAAAAUUCCCAACUCUGUUUUGGUUGAAGGCAUUUCAGGUGAAGAUGAUAAAGAGGAAGUAUUUGACUUUUUGAAACAAUAUGGUAAGAUAACAAAGAUUGAAAUCAUUUCUGAAGCGGAUUCUGAGUUUGAGGGCCAGCUUGUGGUUGAAUUUAGCAGUGGUACAGUAGUAGCUGAAUUGCGUUCAAUUCUGCCAUAUGCAUUCAAAUCAGCUGAGAAGUCAGAUACAUUUUUUAUUUCUGAAUUAGCUGUUGUAUAUGCAGAACAUGUUGCACGGAAUAAAACUAAUUCUUAUUUACUUGAGUUACAGAAACUUGCAAAGCAUUCUGGCAUGGACUUUGCAGAGGUGUUAAAAUCCACGAUGACUCAGAUUGGACAAUCAGUUGCUGAACUUCACUCAGCUGCUAAGAUGGAGGAUCCUGAUGAGAAGUCUGAGGUUACGGCAGCAUCUGCAGAUCCAACAAUGAAGAAAGAGCCAACGUUGUCAACUACCGCUGAUCCUAAAGUUCCCAGACUGAGAAGUGAGCAGCAACCUACUUCACGACAGAAACCUUCUCUUCAUGAUGGUGAUAUCCAACCACUUGAAGUCCAGCGCUACGUGGUGGAACACAUUAUGAAAGCUGAGGAAAGUGCUUACCAUCUACAAAGGCUCCGAGUGUUUUCUGGACGGCUGCCUAGACCAGCACAUGAAGCAGACUAUGAGACCUGGCAUUCAGGAGUGGAUCUGCUAUUAAAAGACCCAUCAGUUUCUGAGCUUCAGAGAUCGAGGAGGAUCGUGGAGAGUUUACUUCCCCCAGCCGCUGAUAUGCUGAAACAUUUAAGUUCAGAUACUCCACCUACAGUGUAUCUGAACAUAUUGGAUUCGGCAUAUGGCACAGUACAAGAUGGAGAAGAACUUUUUGCAAAAUUCAUGGACACUUUCCAAGAUGCAGGGGAGAAGCCAUCUUCAUACCUCCAGCGGCUGCAGGUAGCAUUAAAUUUAGCCCUGAAACGAGGUGGUGUGUUGGCCAAGGAUGUAAACCGACAUCUCAUAAGCCAGUUCUGUAGGGGUUGUUGGGACAACACUUUGAUUGCUGAACUCCAAUUAAAACAAAAGAAACUGGUCCCACCUAGUUUCUCUGAACUGCUAUUGCUUCUGCGUACCGAAGAGGACCGGGAGGCAGCUAAAACUUCCCGGAUGAAACAAUAUUUGGGGUCCACCAAACAAAAAGUAGUCAGUCAUGCGCGAUUGACUUGUGUUGAUACAGGUGAUGGUGGAGCAGUUGCUGCUUUAACCAAAUUGACUCAGCAGUUAGCAGAACAACUGACAGAUGUACAGCAGCAGCUGGCUAAGUUAACAUCCACCACCACCCAGCCAAGGAUUACAUCACAACCUAAGGUUGAAGGUGCUGCUGGACAGUCUGUUCCGUAUCUGGGGUACGUGGAGCUGGUCAUCACAUUCCCUGAAGAUUUCAUAGGAGUAAACACAGAGGUACCAACUCUCGCUCUGGUGGUCCCAGAUACUAGUCCUGAUAGGCCAUCUAAUGUACUUAUUGGCAUGAACACACUAGAGCCACUGUAUGAACAACAUCUUAGCGGUAACCAUGUACAAUUUCAACCCAUGGCCCAAGGAUAUCGAGCGGUCCUGAAACUGCUACAGUUAAAACACCAGCAAAAUCAAUCAGGAAAUGCAGGAACUGUCAGGCUAUUAAGCACCACUCCAGUCCUUAUUUCACCUGGUCAAACUAUUGUCUUGGAGGGUUCUGUUAAAAACACCCCUCCAUCUGCAGAUAAGUGAGCCAUUGUUGAACACCCUAGCUCACCUUUACCAGGGGGUUUAUGUGUUCAGAGUUGUCUAAUUACAUUGCCACGGCAUCCACCAUAUAAAGUCCCAGUGAUCAUGAAGAAUGAAUCAGAGCAAGAGGUGUCCAUAUCACCAUUAACCAUUAUUGCAGACAUUGGGUCAGCACCUACUGUUUUGUCACAACAAAUCACAUCUCAAACCUCACAACGAACCACUUUGGAGUUUAACUUUGGAGACUCUCCUAUUCCACCUGAGUGGAAAGAACAUAUUAUCAACAAAAUGAACAGCAUGCCUGAAGUAUUUUCUCAUGAUGAUAUGGAUUUUGGCUGUACAGAUGCAGUUAAACAUACCAUUAAACUUAAUGAUGAAACGCCUUUUAAACACAGAGCAAGGCCAAUCCAUCCCCAAGAUCUGGAGGCAGUCCGUGAACAUCUUAGAGACCUGUUUGGAGCUGGCAUUAUAAGAGAGUCUAAAUCACCAAUUUCCUCUCC